AUGCAUGGAACAGACACUAUGGCUGUCGCCAAACGAAGGCAGCCACCCACAAACACGACAUGGGAUCACGAGUACCACACCCUCCGUCGUGAAAAGCUCUUCCGAACCCCUCCGACAGACCAGUCCGCCUACCCUCUCCUCCAACUGGCGGUCAACCCACACAUCGAGUCGUUUAAUGCCGUCUUUAAGAACGGCAGUGUGGAAGGCACGGGGGCGGAAGCGAGCCUAAUUGGCCAUGGCAUCGCCGACAUUGGCACCAAGGUGUUCCUCGAUGGCGACGACAGAAUGCUGCCGGAGGAACGAAACCAGCUGCACAUCCGGUACAAGGAUGUGAGUCUGCAGAAGUGCUACGUGCCGGCCACCAACAAGUUUGCCAAGAACCGCGAGAUUCUCCCUGCCGAGUGCAGAGAGCGCCACUCGACGUAUCGCGGUAAGUUGAUGGCGACAUUUGAGUACCGCAUCAACAAUGGCGACCCAGUUGAGGUUGUGCGUGAUCUCGGCCAGGUGCCCAUCAUGGUCAAGUCGAACCGGUGUCACCUGGAGGGUCUCUCGCCUGCAGCGCUAGUGGAGCGGAAAGAGGAGUCGGAGGAGCUGGGCGGUUACUUUAUCGUCAAUGGUAUUGAGAAGAUCAUCCGUCUCCUGCAGGUGGGCCGGCGCAACUUUCCCCACGCCAUCAACCGGCCCAGCUUCCAGAACCGUGGCGCAGCCUACACGCCGUACGGCAUCAUCACACGGUCGGUCAGGCCGGACGAGACCUCCCAGACGAACGUUCUGCACUACCUGAAGGACGGCAACAUCACAUUCCGGUUCUCGUGGAGGAAAAACGAGUUUCUCAUUCCGGUGAUGAUGAUCCUCAAGGCGCUGGUGGAGACGAACGACCGGGAGAUCUUCGAGGCGAUCGUCGGCCCAGCCAACUCCAAGGGGGCGGAAAACACGUAUCUUACGGACCGUGUCGAGCUGCUGCUGCGCACGUACGAGUUCUACGGCUUGUACAGCAAGUCGGCGACGCGGGCGUAUCUCGGCGAGAAGUUCAGAGUGGUGUUGGGAGUUCCGACAACCAUGUCCAACUACGACGUCGGCACGGAGUUCCUGCGCAAGAUUGUGCUGGUGCACCUAGGCAACAUGGACGUGACCGAGGCCCAAGAUGCAGACAAGUUCCGUAUGCUCAUCUUCAUGAUCCGCAAGCUGUAUGCUCUUGUGGCGGGCGACUGCGCGGUCGACAACCCGGAUGCGGUGCAGAAUCAGGAGGUUCUCCUGGGUGGCUUUUUGUACGGGCAGAUCCUGAAGGAGAAGCUGGACGAGUUUCUCUCGGUCAGCCUCCGCGGGGCGCUGCGCGACUACUGGCGACGAUACCCGACAAACACGAUGACGACCGAGGCGUUUGCACGAGACUUCCAGGCCGCGGUCUUCCGGCGGUCCAACGAGAACAUUGGCAAUGCGCUGGAGUAUUUCCUGUCGACGGGCAACCUGAUCAGCGCGUCGGGUCUGGAUCUGCAGCAGGUGUCUGGCUUCACAGUCGUUGCGGAGAAGCUCAACUUUUUGCGUUUCCUGAGCCACUUCCGAAUGAUCCAUCGUGGCAGCUUCUUCGCGCAGCUGAAGACGACGACGGUGCGGAAGCUCCUGCCCGAGUCCUGGGGUUUCCUGUGUCCGGUCCACACACCUGACGGAUCUCCAUGUGGACUGCUGAACCAUUUGGCGCACAAGUGCCGGAUCAUCACAGGGACGAUUGACGCGUCGGCGGUGGACGCGAUCGUGACGGAGCUGGGAGCAGUGAGUCUGUCGUCGGCGUCGACGGAGGAGAGCGUGGUGGUGAUGCUGGACGGCCGGGUUGUCGGCUGGUGCUCGCCCAAGGAGGCGAAGCGGAUAGCGGACACGUUGCGGCACUGGAAGGUGGAGGGCUCGCACAACAUCCCGGCCGAGCUCGAGAUCGGCUACGUGCCACAGUCCAACGGCGGGUCAUAUCCGGGCGUGUACAUGGCAUCGGCGCCAUCGCGGAUGGUGCGGCCGGUCAAAUACCUGGCGCUGGACAAGGAGGACUUUGUGGGCCCUCAGGAGCAGCCGUACAUGUCGAUCGCGGUGCGGGAGCAGGAGGUGAUCUCGGGACAGACGACGCACGUGGAGCUGGACCCGACCAACAUGCUGUCGAUCCUGGCGAACAUGACGCCGUUCUCGGACUUCAACCAGUCGCCACGCAAUAUGUACCAGUGCCAGAUGGGCAAGCAGACGAUGGGCACGCCGGGAACAGCGCUGGCACACCGGACAGACAACAAGACGUACCGGCUGCAGACGGGCCAGACGCCGAUUGUGCGGGCACCACUGCACAACGCAUACGGCUUCGACAACUUCCCGAACGGGACCAACGUGGUGGUGGCGGUGAUCUCGUACACGGGCUACGACAUGGACGACGCGAUGAUCAUCAACAAGUCGGCGCACGAGCGCGGCUUCGGACACGGCUCGGUGUACAAGACGAAGAAGAUCACACUCAAGGACGACUCGCGCACACGGUCAGCCAAGCACGUCGGCAAGAUGUUUGGUUUUGCGCCCGGGGCCUUUGUCAGCGGGCAGGUGCGCGGUCUGCUAGACGACGACGGGCUCCCGUAUAUCGGGAUGCGCGUUAAGAUGGGCGAUCCGUUGGUGGCGUGGCACACGGUGUCGGCGGACUACGACGGCACGCUGGUCAACCGGGACGGCCAGACGCACUACGAGAAGUACAAGGACGGCGAGGAUGCGUACGUGGAGGAGGUGCGGCUGAUCGGCAACGAGAACGGCAACGAGCUGCUGCAGACGAUCUCGGUCAAGCUGCGGAUUCCCCGGUCACCGACGAUUGGCGACAAGUUCUCGUCGCGUCACGGACAAAAGGGUGUGUGCUCGCAGAAAUGGCCGACGGUCGACAUGCCCUUCACCGAGUCGGGACUGCAGCCGGAGGUGAUCAUCAACCCGCACGCGUUUCCGUCGCGUAUGACCAUCGGCAUGUUCAUCGAAUCGCUGGCCGGAAAGGCGGGCGCGCUACACGGACUCGCACAGGACUCGACGCCCUUCCAGUUCGACGAGGACAACACGGCCGGCGACUAUUUUGGGCACCAGCUGAUGAAGGCCGGCUUCAACUAUCACGGCAACGAGCCGAUGUACUCGGGCAUCACGGGCGAGGAGCUGGAGGCCGAUAUCUAUAUUGGCGUGGUCUACUACCAGCGGCUGCGACACAUGGUCAACGACAAGUUUCAGGUGCGCACGACAGGACCAGUCGUCCCGACGACGGGACAGCCGAUCAAGGGCCGGAAGCGUGGUGGUGGCAUCCGUGUGGGCGAGAUGGAGCGCGACGCUCUGCUGGCCCACGGCACCGCCUUUUUGCUGCAGGACCGCCUGUUGAACUGCUCUGACUACUCGCGCACGUGGAUCUGUCGCCAGUGCGGCUCGUUCCUAUCGGUCCAGCCGACCGUGUCGCCGUUCAUUGGCAAGCGCAAGGGCGUGAACGCUGUGCGCUGCCGACGAUGCGCCACCCGGGUUGAGGAUCUGUACGAGGCGCAGGAGAAGGCCAUGGCAGCCGGCCAGGGCGCCAAAAGUGCCAAAAAUGCGAAAGAUGCCAAGGAUGCCAAGGAUGCCAAGAACAUUGCCGGUAUGGACAUCCUCAGCCAUCUGGCCAACGAGGAGAUCUGGGAGGACGGCCACGGCACGCAAUGGAUGGGCGGUGCUGAGACCACGCAGGUCGUCGUGCCCGGCGCGCUCAAGUACCUCGAUGUGGAGCUGGCAGCCAUGGGCGUCAAGCUCAAGUACCGUGUCGAUCCCGGCGAUGCGGCUCGUCGGGGACCGCUGCAGCCGGCAGCCUGGGACGGCACCCGGGUGCAGAAGCUGCCCCAGUCGGUGCUUGCAAAGUAG